CAUCACUGUUUGCUAUCUUCAUCAUCACAUUGUCUUCAUUAUAGCAAGUAUUUUCACUUAUUGUCAUAUCGCCUCCCUGAAGGUUUUACUCCGUCAAAUACGGUACUGUGUCCAUUACUUGUUUUAAUUUAAAAUUACGUCUUCUGUUUAGGGUGCGCCUGGACGUUCUUUGGUUAUAACUGCAAUGAAACGUGCAGCAUGAGAUGCUUCAAUCAAACAUGUGGCACUGUGACCGGAUCAUGUGUACAGAAUGAGGUCAAUUAAAACAAGAAAUGAUCCACCUCCUCAAGACAUACUUCCAACGGAAACAGCUGGAAAUUUAUGUCAGAACAACGACAGAGUAGGUCAAACUUUCACCAACAUCUACGAUAAUCUGGAUCCAAAAGAUAAGCUCAUCUCAAAACCGGAAAGGAAAUCAACUCCUGUCACAAACGCGAAGAAAUACGAAACCAAGGCUGAUUACGACACUGAUGACGAAGGCGUAGAGAAUCCCUAUGGUGAUCUGUAUAUAAAUGAAGAAACCAUAGCUGAUGUUCCCGUCAGUCCGGUGGAGAGAGUUGUUGCCGAAAAAAAGAAAGACGAAGAGGAUGGGUUUAAAAGAAAAUAUGCUAUGUUGCCGUACGGUGAAUAACACCAGUGUGAUGCCGGAAAGUGACCUGAAAACAUGCCAAAAACAGAUUUAAAACAACUUUCCCGUGUAUGUUUUCAUGAUUAUAUUUGUAAUGAUAGAAUCCCUGCUUUAUAGAUUAACUGCAUUACAUAUAAAUAUUUUCUAUUUCUGCACAAGACUAGCAGGUAAUAUAAAAGCAACUAGAAAUGUGGGACCUGAACUUUAUUCUGUCCUCAUUCUCCUGGAAUGAUUAUGUGCCAUGGAGCGCAAAUCUUACCUGUUUUAGAACUUUUAUAGUGACCUUGAAUAUGUUAGUAUUGAACAUUAAUAGCGAUCGGCUCUUCAUCAUAUUGCACAACGGUGUUGAAUGAAUAUUUUUUGGAAAAUUGUAACUACUUGUUCAAAUAUAACUUCGACGUUGGCCGAAUCCCUGUAAUAUAAACUUGCAAGGAACACCUUC